AUGGAGUCUCAGUCCGGUAGCACCAGUGCCGUGCCCGACUCCGCCGCCGCCGCCACGGAGCCGCUGGCCUGCGUGUCGUGCCGCUCGCGCAAGCUCAAGUGCGACCGCACCAAGCCGGCCUGCGCCCGAUGCGUCAAGGUCGGCGCCGAGUGUUGCUAUCCCGAGUCGCGCAGGAAGCCCACCUUCAAGAGACGCAAUGUCAAGGAGCUCGAGGCCCGCCUAGCUCAGGUGGAAGAGUACCUGAACCAGGUCAACAAGGGUGGCGACGAUGCCGAGGACUCGUCCAGCAAGCGCUCUGAUGAGCCUCCGCUUCAGAUGGGUGACUUUACCUUUGAGAGCGGCCCGCCCGGCCAGGACUCCGACACCCAGGGGGUUGCCAGCCAACCCCAAGACUCGUUCGAGAUGCCAUCAUUUCAGGAAAGCGACUUCAUCGGCAGCGGCCAGUUGAUGGGCUUGGGUUAUUCCGAAACACUCCCGCCAUUCGAGGUACAGGAGGAGCUGAACAAUGCCUUCUUCCUUGGCCAGUAUCACUUCAUCCCUGUCGUUCACUCCGGGCGAUAUUAUCAAGCCUUCUACGGCGGGCCCUUACGGAAGCCCCCUAUGUGUCUCCAGUACGCCAUCUGGGCGUUGGCCUCCAACGGUCACGCCAAGUACGACCAGUACUCCCAAAUCUUCUACCAGCGGGCCCGGCAGUAUGCCGACGCCGACGAGAUGAAGGGCCACGGAGAGCACUUCAUCACCAUCGCCCACGCUCAGACUUGGGCACUCGUCGCUGCCUUCGAAGCCAAGUGCAUGUUCUUCACACGAGCCUCCACCAGCUGUGCUAGAUGCGUUCGCCUUACCCAGAUGAUGGGCCUUGACCGUCUGGACGGGAAUUCAGAAGACCAGCCCCCCGCCCUCGGUCCUACGACUUCGUGGGCUGAGCUGGAGGAGCGUCGCAGAGUCAUGUGGGGGGCUUUUGCCAUAGAUUCGCAUGCGAGCAUAUCGACAGGGUGGGCAUGCCUGAUAGACCCGAAUAAUAUAUCAACGCGCCUCCCGGCCUCCGAGGAAGCCUUCUCCUCAGGCCAAGAGGAGACUGCGCCUUUUCUGGAGGACGUCUUCAACGGUGCCGCCUACAGUGGCUUCGCCGGCGCCAUAGUCAUUUGCCAGAUUUUCAGAAGCAUACUGCAGCAUGUUCACAGGUGUAAGCCAACGGAUCGUCCCGACGACAUGAUGGAAGGAGCGUGGUGGAAGCGGCAUCGUGACCUUGACAACAAGUUGUCAAACGCCUUCAUGUUCCUGCCCGAACAGCUCCGUCUCCCGCAAUGCGUCCGCGACCCAUCGGCCGUCCAUACCAACCUCAAUCUGCACGCCGCAGUCAUCGCCUUGCAUCACGCCGCCAUCGAGAAACAACAAAUCCAUAACCUACCGGAGUCGGUGAAACAGUCGAGUCUCUGUCGUUUGAGAACCUCUGCCGAGGAAAUUGUCAACAUUGUCAAGAUGACUUCUCACUCGACCGCCAUGUUUAGGAGCCCCAUGUGCGCCCUGUCACUAUACGUCGCGACGACAGUGUACGUCUAUCUGGCCAAGCAGAACCCCCAUUCUGGCCUGACGACGCUGGACGUCUCCAACCUCGAACUCAUCAUCAGCGCUAUGGAGGCCAUUGGCCGCCAGCACCAAAUCACCACUGCCUUCCUCCAGCAAGCUUGCCUAGACGUGGAAAAGAACGGGCUGGACUCGACCAUCAGACUCCCCAACCUCCGCAAAUAUCGCGACAUUUUUGGCGGCGCAAACUCCAACAUCCCCAUGCUGGCCCGGAGCCCCGUGUCCAAGCACACCUCCGCGUCGCCCAUCUUACCUGGCCGGCUCCCACUCAACAAUCCCAAAGGCCACAUCCCUCCGGCCCACCUAAGGAUGGACAAGGGCAUUCCGCCCAUGACAGGUUCGAGGGGCACGGAGCCACUUGUGCGCGAAUUGAUCAACGCAGACUGUUUCCAGCCUCUGCUUCGCGCUGCGAAACACAAUGUUGCCGCCACCCCGGUGGACCACCCAGGCAAGCGAAAGCGAAUGUCGCCCAGUCCUGGUCCUGCAUCGGACCGGAAUAUCGGCAUCCUGACUUCAGUCAUGACCGAGUCUGUCAGCAGCGGCUCGCGAAGCACGUCUAGUCGCGGGCCAGGCUUGGGCGUGUCCAACUCGUGGCGGUUCGACGGGGUGGAUCUCCGCCCACAUCCCGGAAACCAGUUCUUCGUUUUGCCGGACCGCACCAGCUCGUCGGCCUCGUCCCCCGCCAACCGAGAGCACGGCACGGACGGCGUCUCAGGAAGCAGCCACACCUCCCCCGGCACCGGUGGCCUAGGCAACACCCCGGAAGAGAACCGUUUCGACCUGCGGCCGUUCCAGGACCGCAUAUCGACGCCGUUAUGGCAGACCACCGAGGAGGCCUUCUUCGCGACGCAGAUCCCCGAGUCGCUACUGAACCUGGCGCCGGGCGACGACGACGGCGCGUGGGCGCUCCUGAACGAGACGAUGAAAUGGCAGAACACCACUACGGGGAUGUAG